GGGAGCCAAGGCGAGGCGCAAUGAGGCGCAGCAAGGCUGACGUGGAGCGGUACAUCGCCUCGGUGCAGGGGUCCGCCCCGUCGCCCCGAGAGAAGUCAAUGAAAGGAUUCUACUUUGCGAAGCUGUACUAUGAAGCUAAAGAAUAUGAUCUUGCUAAAAAAUACAUAUGUACAUAUAUUAAUGUGCAAGAGAGGGAUCCGAAAGCUCACAGAUUUCUAGGUCUUCUUUAUGAAGUAGAAGAAAACAUUGACAAAGCUGUUGAAUGUUAUAAGCGAUCAGUGGAAUUAAACCCAACACAAAAAGAUCUUGUGCUGAAGAUUGCAGAAUUGCUUUGUAAAAAUGCUGUUACUGAUGGAAGAACAAAGUAUUGGGUUGAAAGAGCAGCUAAACUUUUCCCGGGAAGUCCUGCGAUUUAUAAACUAAAGGAGCAGCUUUUAGAUUGUAAAGGUGAAGAUGGAUGGAAUAAACUUUUUGACUUGAUUCAGUCAGAACUUUAUGCAAGACCUGAUGAUGUCUAUGUGAAUAUUCGGCUAGUAGAACUGUAUCGGUCAAAUAACAGAUGGAAGGAUGCUGUGGCCCAUUGCCAUGAGGCAGGAAAAAACAUAGCUUUACGUUCAAGUUUAGAAUGGAAUUCAUGUGUCGUGCAGACCCUUACGGACUACCUGGACUCUUUACAGUGUUUGGACACUGAUAAAAAUGACUGGAGAGCAACCAAUAGAGACUUUCUUCUGGCUUAUGCUAACCUUACAUUUCUUACACUUUGCGCUAGGGAUGUGCAGGAAUGUAGAGAACUGUUGGAAAAUUUUGAUGGCGCUCUUCAGUCUCUGAAAUCUUUGGUGGGUGGAAAUGAUGAACUCUCAGCGACUUUCUUAGAAAUGAAAGGACACUUCUACAUGCAUGCCGGUUCUCUGCUUUUGAAGAUGGGCCAGCACAGUGAUGUACAGUGGCGAGCACUCUCUGAGCUGGCUGCACUUUGCUAUCUCAUAGCAUUUCAAGUUCCAAGACCAAAGAUUAAACUAAUAAAAGGAGAAGCUGGACAAAGUCUAUUGGAAAUGAUGGCCUAUGAUCGUCUCAGCCAAUCAGGGCACAUGCUGCUAAACUUAAGUCAUGGAAAGCAAGAUUUCUUGAAAGAGGUCGUGGAGUCCUUUGCCAACAAGAGUGGGCAGUCUGCUUUAUAUGAUGCUCUGUUCUCCAGCCAGUCAGCUAAGGACAGCUCUUUCCUUGGUAGUGAUGAUAUCGCAGACAUUGAUGUGCGAGCCCCGGAGCCUGACGAAUUGGCUAGAUAUGAUGUUGGUGCCAUUCGAGCACACAAUGGGAGUCUGCAGCACCUUACUUGGCUUGGCUUACAGUGGAAUUCACUGCCCUCCUCACCAGCAAUCAGAAAAUGGCUAAAACAGCUUUUUCAUCAUUUGCCCCAGGAAACCUCAAGACUCGAAACAAAUGCACCUGAAUCAAUAUGUAUUUUAGAUCUUGAGGUGUUUCUUCUGGGAGUAAUAUAUACCAGCCACUUACAGCUAAAAGAGAAAUGUAAUUCUCACUAUAAUUUCUAUCAGCCAUUGUGUUUACCUCUUCCUGUUUGCAAACAGCUGUGUACAGAAAGACAAAAAUCUUGGUGGGAUGCAGUUUGUAAUCUGAUUCACAGAAAAGCAAUACCUGGCACCUCAGCAAAAUUGCGACUUCUAGUCCAGCGUGAAAUAAAUACCCUAAGGGCUCAGGAGAAACAUGGCCUUCAGCCUGCUCUGCUUAUAUACUGGGCAAAAUGUCUUCAGAAAACGGGCAGUGAACUUAAUUCGUUUUAUGAUCAACGGGAAUACAUAGGCAGAAGUGUUUAUUAUUGGAAGAAGAUAUUACCAUUUUUGAAGACAAUCAAGAAGAAGACCAGUGUUCCUGAACCCACAGAUCCUCUGUUCAAACAUUUUCAUAGUGCAGACAUACAGGUGUCUGAAAUUGGUGAACACGAAGAAGCAGCACAAAUAGCAUUUGCUAUAUUGGAUGCAAUUAACGGAAAUAUAGAAGAUGCUAUGACUACAUUUGAAUCUGUAAAAAAUGUUGUUUCUUACUGGCAUCUUGCACUGAUUUUUCACAGGAAAUCAGAAGACAUUGAAAAUGAUUCCCUUUCUCUUGAAGAACAAGAAGAAUGCAAAAAUUAUUUGAGAAAAUCCAGGGACUAUCUGAUAAAAAUCUUAGAUGAUAGUGACUCAAAUCCAGCAGUGAUUAAGAAAUUACCUGUGCCUCUGGAGUCUGUAAAGGAGCUGCUUAAUUCAGUCAUGCAAGAACUUGAAGACUAUAGUGAAGGAGGUCCUCUUUAUAAAAACGGUUCUUUGAGAAAUGCUGAUUCAGAAAUAAAACAUUCUACACCAUCUCCCACCAAGUAUUCUCUGUCACCUAAUAAAAGUUAUAAAUAUUCUCCUAAAACACCACCUCGAUGGGCAGAAGAUCAAAAUUCUCUGCUGAAAAUGAUCUGCCAACAAGUAGAAGCUAUUAAGAAAGAAAUGCAGGCAUUGAAACUAAGUAGCAGUAACUCAGCAUCCCCUCAUCGUUGGCCCACAGAGAAUUAUGGAGCAGACUCGGUGCCUGAUGGCUAUCAAGGAUCACAAACGUUUCAUGCAGCUCCACUAACAGUUGCAACUACUGGUCCAUCAGUGUAUUAUAGUCAGUCACCAGCAUAUAAUUCCCAGUAUCUUCUCAGACCAGCAGCUAAUGUUACUCCCACAAAGGGUCCAGUUUAUGGUCUGAAUAGACUUCCCCCUCAGCAGCAUAUUUAUGCUUAUUCACAACAGAUGCACACACCACCAGUACAAAACUCAUCUGCUUGUAUGUUUUCUCAAGAGAUCUAUGGUCCUCCCCUGCGCUUUGAGUCUCCUGCAACAGGAAUUUUAUCACCCCGGAGUGAUGAUUACUUUAAUUACAAUGUUCAACAGACAAACACAAAUCCACCUUUGCCAGAACCAGGUUAUUUCACAAAACCUCCAGUUUCAGCUCAUGCUUCAAGAUCUGCAGAAUCUAAGGUUAUCGAGUUUGGAAAAUCUAAUUUUGCUCAGCCUGUUUCAGGUGAAGGAAUAAGGCCAUCUCUGACAACACCAGCACAUGCAACGCAACCAGCUCCUUUUAAAUUUAACUCAAAUUUCAAAUCAAAUGACGGUGACUUUACGUUUUCCUCACCACAGGUUGUGACUCAGCCCCCUUCUACAGCUUACAAUAACAGUGAACGCCUUUUGGGGCUUCUGACUUCAGAGAAACCACUGCAAGGAGAUGGCUAUAGUGGACCAAAACCUACACCUGGUCAAACCAUUGGACCUCGAAAUACUUUCAACUUUGGAAACCAAACUGUGUCUGGAAUUUCCUUUACAGAAAAUACGGGGCCAACUCGGCAAACAAAUUCUGGUUUUCGCCUAAGCAAUGAUACGUUUACUUUCCAUGGUUCAGGGAAAGCCGUGUUUGGAACACCAGCUCCAGAGUUGGCGCACAAGAACCAUGAAACAGAUGGAAGCAGUGCUCAAGUUGAUGAAGAUGAUGAUGGCCCUCACUUUGAGCCGGUGGUACCUCUUCCGGAUAAAAUUGAAGUGAAAACUGGUGAGGAAGACGAGGAAGAAUUCUUUUGUAAUCGUGCAAAAUUAUUCCGUUUUGAUGCAGAAUCCAAAGAAUGGAAGGAACGGGGCGUUGGCAAUGUGAAAAUCCUAAGGCAUAAAACAUCUGGUAAAAUUCGUCUUCUAAUGAGACGAGAGCAGGUUUUGAAGAUCUGUGCGAACCAUUAUAUAAGCCCCGAGAUGAGACUGACUCCAAACGCUGGCUCAGACAGAUCUUUCGUGUGGCACGCUCUUGAUUAUGCAGACGAGUCCCCGAAGCCAGAACAGCUUGCUAUAAGAUUCAAAACUCCCGAGGAAGCAGCACUUUUUAAGUGCAAGUUUGAAGAGGCCCAGAACAUUUUAAAAGCCUCAGGAGCAAAUGUAGCCACACCGACAAAUCAGACUCCCAGAACUGUAAAAGAGCCCCUAAGUCGUGACAAUAAGGAUAUUUGCAAACCUGAUGCCGGAAGUUUGAAUUUUGAAUUUCAGUUUGCAAAGAAAGAAGGUUCUUGGUGGCAUUGUAAUAGCUGCUCACUAAAGAAUGCUGCAACUGCUAAGAAAUGUGUAUCGUGCCAAAAUCUAAAACCAAGUAAUAAAGAACUCUCUGGCCCACCAUUAGUUGAAACUGCUCCCACUUUUAAAAUUGGCCUAGAAAGUGUUCAGGAUAGAUUUGCAAUGAGGACCCCCAAGAAAGAAGGUCACUGGGAGUGUAGUACCUGUUCAGUCAGAAACGAACCCACUGCGUCUAGGUGUAACACAUGCCAGAAUACACAGUCUGCUGGCAAAAGUGGGUCUUCAUUUGUCCAGCCAUCUUCCUUUAAAUUUGGUCAGGGAGAUCUUCCUAAAUCCGUUAGCAGUGAUUUCAGAUCAGUAAUUUUUUGUGCUAAGGAAGGAGAGUGGGAUUGCAGCGCAUGUCUUAAACUCAAUGAAGGCAGCUCUACAAAAUGUAAUGCUUGUCAGCAUCCAAGAAAACAGAGUCAACCUGCUUAUGUUCCAGCACCUGCCUCUUUUAAGUUUAGUACUUCAGAGACAAGCAGGACUCCGAAGAGUGGAUUUGAAGGCAUGUAUGCUAAGAAGGAAGGACAAUGGGACUGCAGUGUAUGCUUGGUACGGAAUGAAGCAAGUGCUACCAAAUGUAUUUCUUGUCAGAAUCCAAGUGAAGAGAGCCUGCCUAGUUCUGCUGUUUCAGCACCUGCCUCUUCAGAGAUGAGCCAGGCUCCAAAGAGUGGAUUUGAGGGAAUGUUCACCAAGAAGGAAGGACAGUGGGAUUGCAGUGUGUGCUUGGAACGAAAUGAGAAUUCUUCUUUAAAAUGUGUGGCUUGUGACAACUCUAAGCCAACCCACAAGCCGCCUGUUGCAGAAACUUCAGUUUUAACUGUAGGCCCCAAAUCUGCAUUAAGGGACUCGUCUGGAAGUCAGAUGGGCACAGGAUUUAAAACAGGCUUUUCAGGAAAAGGUUUUAAAUUCGGAAGUUCUGAGCAAGGUUUUAAAUUUGGGCAUGUGGAUCCAGAAAAUAUACCUUCAUUUACAUUUCAGAGUUCUAAUGCUGAAUCCAAGUCAACAAAAGAAGGAUUUAAGUUUUCCAUCCCUGUGUCUGCUGAUGGAUUUAAAUUUGGCAUCCAGGAGCCAGGAAACCAAGAGAAGAGUGACAAUGAGAAGCCCAUUGAAAGUGACACUGGUUUGCAGGCCCAGGAGGCCAGUGCCCAGAAGAAUGGAGGUGGUUUGACUUUUGGUCAGACUAGUAGCACUUUUACCUUUGCAGAUCUUGCAAAAUCAACUUCAGGGGAAGGAUUUAAAUUUGGCCAAAAAGAUCCUAAUUUUAAGGGAUUUUCUGGUGCUGGAGAAAAAUUAUUUUCAUCACAGAGUGGUAAAAUUGUUGAUAAAACCACGUCAGCGGACCUUGAAAAAGAUGAUGAUGCCUAUAAGACUGAAGACAGUGAUGACAUCCAUUUCGAACCAGUAGUUCAAAUGCCUGAAAAAGUAGAACUUGUAACAGGGGAGGAAGAUGAAAAAGUUCUUUACUCACAGAGGGUGAAAUUAUUUAGAUUUGAUGCUGAGAUAAGUCAGUGGAAAGAAAGGGGCUUAGGGAACCUAAAAAUUCUCAAAAAUGAAGUAAAUGGCAAACUGAGGAUGCUGAUGCGAAGAGAACAAGUGCUAAAAGUCUGUGCUAAUCAUUGGAUCACCACCACAAUGAACCUGAAGCCGCUCUCUGGAUCUGAUAGAGCAUGGAUGUGGUUAGCUAGCGAUUUUUCUGAUGGUGAUGCUAAGCUAGAACAACUAGCAGCAAAAUUUAAAACACCAGAGCUAGCUGAAGAAUUCAAGCAGAAAUUCGAAGAAUGCCAGAGACUUUUAUUAGACAUACCACUUCAAACCCCCCAUAAACUUGUUGAUACGGGGCGAGCUGCCAAGUUAAUCCAGAGAGCUGAAGAAAUGAAGAGUGGACUGAAAGAUUUCAAAACCGUUUUGACAAAUGAGCAAACAAAAGUCACCGACGAAGAGAAUACGAGUCCAGGCUCAAGUGCUGCCAAUGUUUCAGACACGAGUAAGCCAAAUUCUGAAAACACGGGGCCUACAUUAGAGUGGGAUAACUAUGAUUUACGAGAAGAUACUUUGGAUGACAGUGUGAGUAGCUCAGUACACGCUUCUCCAUUGGCAAGUAGCCCUGUGAGAAAAAACCUCUUCCGAUUUGGUGAGUCAACAACAGGAUUUAACUUCAGUUUCAAAUCUGCCUUGAGUCCAUCUAAGUCUCCUGCCAAGUUAAAUCAGAGCGGGACUUCCGUUGGUACUGAUGAAGAAUCCGAUGUCACUCAAGAAGAGGAAAGAGAUGGGCAGUACUUUGAACCCGUUGUGCCUUUACCUGAUCUCGUCAAAGUAUCCAGUGGUGAAGAAAAUGAACAGGUUGUUUUUAGUCACAGAGCAAAACUCUAUAGAUAUGACAAAGAUGUUGGCCAGUGGAAAGAAAGGGGCAUUGGCGAUAUCAAGAUUUUACAGAAUUACGAGAACAAGCAAGUUCGCAUAGUGAUGAGAAGAGACCAGGUAUUAAAACUUUGUGCAAAUCACCGAAUAACUCCAGACAUGACUUUACAAAAUAUGAAAGGGACAGAAAGAGUGUGGGUGUGGACUGCAUGUGAUUUUGCAGAUGGAGAAAGAAAAGUAGAACAUUUAGCUGUUCGCUUUAAACUACAAGAUGUUGCAGACUCAUUUAAGAAAAUUUUUGAUGAAGCAAAACUCUCUCAAGAAAAGGAUUCCUUGAUAACUCCUCACGUUUCUUGUCCCAAUACUCCCAGAGAGUCACCAUGUGGCAAAAUUGCUGUAGCUGUGUUAGAAGAAACCACUAGAGAGAGGACGGAUUUGAUUCAAGGCGAGGAUACAGCAGAUGCACCUUCAGAAGUUGGAGAAGUGUCUAGCAUAUUUGAAACCACGACAAAAGCUGUGGUUUCUCCUCCAAAGUUUGUCUUUGGUUCAGAGUCUGUUAAAAGCAUUUUUAGUAGUGAAAAAUCCAAACCAUUUGCUUUUGGCAACAGUUCAGCCACUGGGUCUUUGUUUGGAUUUAGUUUUAAUGCACCUUUGAAAAAUAACAAUAGUGAAGCCACUUCAGUCGUCCAAAGUGGAUCUGAAAGAAAAGUGGAACCUAACAGAUGUGAACUGUCAGAGAACUCUGAUAACAAGCAGUCUUCAGAUCGCAAAGCCAGGAAUGUCUCUGCUUCCUCUCCAAAGGAAGAGUCUGCGGCUCACGACACAUUUAAAGCACCAGAGAAGGAAAAAGAGAAGGAGCCACCAGGAGAAGCUCCUCCAGAUGAUGACGUUCUCAUUGUGUACGAGCUAACUCCAACCCCUGCGCAGAAAGCCCUUGCCAGCACACUGAAGCUCCCUUCAACUUUCUUCUGUUAUAAGAAUAAACCAGAUUAUGUUAGUGAGGAAGAGGAUGACGAUGAAGAUUUUGAAGCAGCUGUGAAGAAACUGAAUGGGAAACUGUAUUUGGAUGACUCAAAGAAACAUCAAGCAGUUACCGACAAAGAAUGUGUUAUUGUUUGGGAAAAGAAACCCACACUUGCAGAGAAAGCAAAAGCAGAUAUAUUAAAGCUUCCACCUACCUUUUUCUGUGGAGUAUGCAGUGAUACUGAGGAGGACAAUGGAAAUGGGGAAGACUUUCAGUCAGAGCUUCAAAAAGUUCAGGAAGCCCAAAAAUCACACAGUGAGCAAAUGAGUGUUACUACUCCGUCUGAGAGGAUGUGUACAGGUGGGAUGAAAGUGUCCCCUCCAUUUUUCUGUAACUCUGAAGAAGCAGGUUCUCAGAUCAAAUCUGUUACUUCAGCACCGAUUUCUUCGGGAACCGAGGACAAACCUGUAGAUCUGUCUACAAAGAAGGAAAAUGAAACAGAUUCCACAAGCCAAGUGGAAAGCAAAACAGUUCCAAUUGUGUUUGGAUGCAGCACAGGGCUAUCAUUUGCAGACUUGGCUUCCAGUAGUUCUGGGGAUUUUGCUUUUGGCUCUAAAGAUAAAAAUUUCCAGUGGGCAAAUACUGGAGCAGCUGUGUUUGGUACACAGUCAACCAAUAAAGGUGGUGAAGAUGAAGAUGGUAGUGAUGAAGAAGUAGUUCAUAAUGAAGAUAUCCAUUUUGAACCAAUAGUGUCAUUACCAGAGGUAGAAGUAAAAUCUGGAGAAGAAGAUGAAGAAAUUUUGUUUAAAGAGAGAGCCAAACUUUAUAGAUGGGACCGAGAUGUCGUUCAGUGGAAAGAGAGAGGUGUUGGAGAUAUAAAGAUCCUUUGGCACACAAUAAAGAACUAUUAUCGGAUCCUAAUGAGACGAGACCAGGUCUUUAAAGUAUGCGCAAAUCAUGUAAUUACAAAAACAAUGGAAUUAAAACCGUUAAAUGUUUCAAAUAAUGCUUUAGUUUGGACUGCUUCAGAUUAUGCUGAUGGAGAAGCAAAAGUAGAACAGCUUGCAGUGAGAUUUAAAACUAAAGAAAUGGCUGAUUGUUUUAAGAAAAAAUUUGAAGAAUGUCAACAGAAUUUAUUGAAUCAGACAGAACAAGCAUCACUUACAGCAGAAUUAUCCAAGGAAACAAAUCCUGUGGUAUUUUUUGAUGUUGGCGUAGAUGAUGAAUCUCUAGGACGUAUAACCAUGGAGUUAUUUUCAAACAUUGUUCCUCACACUGCUGAGAACUUCAGAGCUCUGUGCACCGGAGAGAAGGGCUUUGGUUUUAAGAAUUCUAUUUUCCACAGAAUAAUUCCAGAUUUCAUUUGCCAAGGAGGAGAUAUUACCAAACAUGAUGGAACAGGAGGACGGUCCAUUUACGGAGAUAACUUUGAAGAUGAAAAUUUUAAUGUGAAACACACUGUUCCUGGGUUACUGUCAAUGGCCAACCAUGGCCGGGACACCAAUAAUUCUCAAUUUUUCAUAACACUGAAAAAAGCAGAACAUCUGGACUUUAAACAUGUAGUAUUUGGGUUUGUUAAGGAUGGCAUGGAUACUGUGAAAAAGAUGGAAUCAUUUGGUUCUCCCACCGGGUUGGUUAGUCGAAGAAUUUGUAUCACAGAAUGUGGACAGAUAUAAAAAUCAAUGUUUUUCAUAGUUAACUUUAUCUGUAUCAACAGUUAAAUUGAAGCUUAGCUGUCACAGACAAUUUGGCAAUUAUGUUCAGCUUUUGAAAUUGGACGCUUCCCAUGUAUAAAUGUAAAAUUGCAGCUUAUAGCUGUUGUCAUUUUUUAAUGUGUUAUAAUUGACCUUGCAUGGUGUGAAAUAAAAGUUUAAACACUGGUGUAUUUCAGGUGUACCUGUGUUUAUGUACUCCUGACCUUUGUAUUAAAAGUGGAAUACUAAUCUUGUUAAAAGCAAUAGACCACCUCAAUCUAUUGAAGAAUAUGAUAUAUGCAAUUUUAUUUUAAUUCCUUUUAAGAUAUUUGGACUUCCUGCAUGGAUAUACUUAACCUUUUGAAUAAAGGGACCAUAACUUAGAUUUUUAUUUUUAAGUUUUUUAAGAUUUGAAGUAUAUUUGGUAAUCUUAAUUGUUGUGUGCUCAUUUGUGCAGACUCAUUUAUGAAUGGGUAGAGCCACAGAAGCUAGAGACCUAACCAAAGUGCUCUUCUACAGUCUUGCACCUCCUGUAUAGUUAGAGGCUAACUUUUAAGUAGGAUCCUUUUCUUGAAAUGAUAUGUAGCUUCCUGUGCCCUUUGAAAGGCAGUAAUUUUUACAUUUUAAACAAGUUGAUGAUUUCCUUUGAGUUUUUGUUUUAUUUUAUAACUCUUCUGUCAUCUGUCUCUACUACCUCAGAAACUGCAGCUUAGUUCUGAUGAAAAGAACUUGAUUUUUUUUCCUUGAAGUUAUUGUGAUAAAGUAUGAAUAUUUUUAAAAAGGUCUAUAUCGUGUUGUUUGGGUAAAGAUUUGCUUUAUUACUAGAUUGUUGCAGUACCUUUUCUGGUGAAUUUUGUAGCAGAAAUAAAGUAACUUGAUAACAGCCAUGACAUUUAAAAAAUUCA